AUGAUUUCGUAUGAACGGGCUUCGAGAUACAUCGACCUACCUCCAGAAGAGCCGAUUCCUCAGGGAAAGAUUCUAGAAAAUAAGUCGUGGACGCCAAGCAACUGGCCCUCUCUUGGUCGUAUUCAUUUUCAGAAUAUUUGGUUGCGCUAUACUCCAGAUGCUCCUUAUGCUCUGAGUGGCAUCUCAAUGUGCAUCCAGCCUGGCCGAAAAGUGGGUAUUGUUGGUCGUACAGGGGCAGGAAAAAGCAGUUUAAUUUCAGCACUAUUUCGUCUUGUUGAGCUAGAAUCUGGUUCUCUAGUGAUUGAUGGAAUUAAUACUCGGCAUGUGCCCCUAAAGUUUCUACGAAAGCAAAUCUCUAUUAUUCCUCAGGAACCAAUUACAUUUGCGGGAACAAUUCGUAGUAAUCUGGAUCCGAAGGGAGAAUUUAAUGAUGAUAUUAUAUGGAAAGCUGUAAAAUCAGUUGAACUAGAGCAUGCCGUUAUGUCUAUGCCCGGUGGUUUGGAUGCAAGAGUCAGUGAGGGUGGCUCUAACUUGAGCCUUGGCCAACGGCAGUUACUAGUGCUUGCAAGGGCUAUUAUUCGAGAAAACCGUAUUUUGAUUUUCGACGAAGCAACGGCUAAUGUGGACCCACAGACAGAUGCAAUUAUUCAGAAGACGAUUCGGAAUCAAUUCGCUAACUACACAGUUCUAACGAUAGCACACAGACUUAAUACUGUAAUCGAUACUGAUAUAGUGAUCGUGAUGUCAAAAGGACAAAUCCUGGAGUAUGGGCCACCACAUUACCUGUUGAAUCCUGAUGAAGCUAAAGAGAUGGUCGAAAACGCGAUUUUGGCGGCAAAGCAAGCUAAAAUGGAGGCUCAAUGCGCUGGCCUGGAUUCGGAGCAAACUUCAGGUGACAUCGAUAAUAAGAGAUUAUAUGUGAAAUAUAGAUUAUUGUCUUGUUAG